GCCAGGAAAAGGCACAGCCCUCUGUGCUCCUAUCUCCGCCCCUCACAGCACUGCAGGGAUAAAGUGCUGGGCUCCACCGUGGUGGUCUGGUGCAGUUGAUCCCCCUUUCAUGUGAGGCUGUUGACUCUCUCCUGACCUGUAAAAACACUUCACAAUGUCUUAUGGAUCCAUCGAUGGGGGCGCCUUUGGCAGUCGGAACCCGUUCGGGGGCCCCGCCAGACAGGGCUACCAGCCAGUAGCAACGCAGAUGAGCCCAUCGGAGCUCCAAGAUGUCUUUCAGGAGACCUCCUCCAAUAUCUUUCAGAUCAAUGCUAAUGUGGUGUCCCUGGAGAAGAGUCUCCAGUCCUUAGGAACGUCCAGAGACACUGCAGAACUGCGGCAGAGCCUGCACUCCACCCAGCAGCAGACCAACAGAGUCAUAACCAGCACAAGCCAGCUCAUCAAACAGCUCUCCGACAUCGUCAGUGGGUCCUCACGGCAAGAUCGCCUUCGUCUCACAAGACUGAAGACAGAGCUGUCAGACUCCGUCCAGCGUUAUGGAGACCUGCAGAAGAAAAUCGCAGACAGAUCCAGGGCGCUGCUGCCCCCAGCACAAAAAGACCCGAAACAGAGCCCACAGACUCCUUUCGCAGAGCUGUGUGAUGAGGAGCCGGUGUUCGGCGGUGCGGAGAGUGUGGAGGGGGGAGGUCAGGCGUUCCUGGCCGAGAUCAGCGAGGAAGACGUGGAGGCCCUGCGGCAGAGAGAGGAGGCACUCCUGCAGAUUGAGAGGGACAUGCUGGAUGUGAGCCAGAUAAUGAAGGACCUGGCGUCUAUGGUGCACGAGCAGGGCGAUGCCAUAGACAGCAUUGAAGACUAUAUCCAGACGACAUCCUCGAAUGUAGAAACAGCCAAUCAGGAGCUUGCAAAGGCCAGUCAUCACCAGAGACAACUCAGAAAGAGGAAGUGCUAUUUACUCAUAGCAGGAGCAGUGGUCUUGACCUUCCUCAUCAUCAUCAUCGCUGUCUCCGCAAGAAAAUGAGACCUCUUUCCAGGUGUUCCCCUCAGGCCUGCCUGGAUGGAGGAACCUCUCUGCACUGCACUCUCCAGCUGAUGGACUGUCUGAGGCUAUAACCUGUGCUGUAUGUUUAUGUUUGUGCCCGUUUGUUUAAUGUCAAGGUCCAAUCACUCCAAUUCAAGUGAAACCUGUCCGUUCACAUCCAAGUCCUCUGACCACAGCAGCCCAGCAAGAGAUGGAAUAGAUUACUCCAUUAAAAAUAAUUCUGCCACUCAACCACUAAUGGAUUAUAUGUGUUUUCACAGUUAUGAAAUGCUUGUUAAUACGUUUUAAAUAUAGUUUGGCAGUUUCUUAUCAAUAUUUCUGAUAGAGAGCUCAAGAUCCCAUUCCGAUUCAAAUGAUAUCGCAUUGGCAUACAUUUUCCUUUAUGAAAGUGUGAGAGAAUGCAGACCUGUGCUACGAGUCAUUAUUUAGGCAGAAGGAUCUGACAGUUUAUAUAUACUAUGGUGUGAUAAUUUGAACAGUAUAUCUUGGCUUAUCAAUCCCUUAUGUCCAAAGGACAGAAAUUGUGAUUUAGUUAAUCCUUGGUUAAGUAAAUGCUGUUAUGUCCUUGAUGGAUAAUGUCUUGUUUGCAUUUAUUGAACUAAUGUCGCUUUCAGCAGACGUGUUUUCAAAUUGAACUGAGGAUUGCUUGUAAAAAUGUCAUUGUAAAUUCAGGGUCAACAGUCAUUCAUUCAUUCCGAUGUUUUCAGGAUUUUCAAAUAUUUUGUUGUACUGGACUUAUGUAUAAAAUAAAAAUGGCAUUUGUAAAGAUGUAUAUUAUUACAGUAUAUCAAAAAAUCUAUCCUCACUAUCAUGAUUAGUCAUCUCGUUCAUGUUGCUUCUUGUCAGAAAGCUGUUGUAUUGUUUUAUUAUUCUUUGUGUUUGUUAAUGUUAUUUUCACAUGAAAUUAUAUUAAAUAUCUCUUUGUUUAUGAAAUAAAACUGUUAAAAAAACGUUAAAACCUGAUGGAAGCAGAGGAGCCCUGUGUGUGACAGGUCUCUAUUGACGGCAGACAUUAUAAUCUGGUGUUUGCGUCUGGCUUAUUAAUGCCUAGCAGUAAAACUCAGGCGAGAGCCACUUCAUCUCUCCAAGGGGAUAAAGUGUGAUUUCAGGAUGGCGAAAAAGAAAACACAAUGUCCUGUCUUUAAAAGCACUGCUUUCCAGAGCUUGCCAAACUGCAGAUUUUUUAACCCUUUACAAUCCAUAGUUGCAGCACAGCUACCAUUCUGAUUUUAAACCUUAUCACACACUGCUGGUAAUUAUACCUGAAUCUCUGAUUUAGCAUACCUUGUGAUCCACAAUAUCUUUUUAUAAAUUGGCAUUAUGUGUUACAUUAUGUGUAUAUUUGCCAUUAUUGCACAGAUGUAUUGUACUUUGUACUGAACUGAAAUGAAGUGUAAGCAUAAUAAAGCCCUCCCAUAAUAAAGCAUUCAAGAGCCGUCAAUAAAUAGCUUAACAUUUAUUAAUGCAGCGAUAAGCAAUUAUCACAUCCAAUUCAGGAUGUAUAUAGAUACAGUUAAAAUUAUGUGGAUAGAUAGUGAGUUAACUGUUUGCAUACACCAGUCAUAUGAGGUGAUAAUAACUGCUGAACAAUCAGAUUAUAAUGUAAGUCUAUGAGUAGUCAAUUAUACAUUCUUCAUGAACUGAAAACAUACUGUUAUCAAGCAUCAUAUUAAUAAGCCUAUAAGUCAUGAGUUAAUUGUUUACAAAUAGUUGGUUAUGUGUAAUGUUUUGUAUUUAUUGAUAGGCUCCUAACAUUAUAGUACUAAUAGUACUAUAUUAGUAAAGUACUAAUGAUUAAUAAAUGGUUUGUAAGCUAUGUAUUGAUGGCUUAUGCAUGCUUUUAAUGGGUGGUAACUAUGAAGAAAUAUAUUAGCUUUUUUAUUACUGUUUAAAAUAUUCUUAUUAUUUCAUAUUGGUUACAGUGUGCACAUAUGUAUGUUAAGUUAUUUAUAAGGCUGUGGACUUGAUUUAUGAUGACAUUAUUUUAUAAUAUUGUUUAUCUGCUGUUAUAGAUAUGAACAUAGGACUACUUGAUGCUAUAUGUCCUGAUAGAAAAAACAAUCUGUCUUCUGCAUGGGACCUGCUGCUUAUCAAAAGUGGUAAAAACAUUAUGCACAACAACAUUUAUGGCAUGAUAGCAUCUGUGGAGUUGUACUAUUGUGACCUUACAUGCAGAAGAAUUGUGUCCAAUGAUUUGUAUCUCAUAUCAAAAGUUUCAGGUUUAGUUGCCAAUUAAUGGAGGAGGGUGUGGCCAUAAUGAGUAGCUUGAGCAUCCCAUUGUCUCUGUAAAAAUUCCAUUAUGCCAUCACUGAAAGUUAUGAAAGAUUUGUUUGUGUUAUAUGUAUGUAUGUUUGUGAUUUCAUUUGGCCAAUUUUAAAAGACAUUUAUUCUUUACAUUUUAAAUCUUGCUCGAUUCUGGGACACAUUUCCAUGAGGAAAAACAUGAGCAUGUAUUAUUCAUUGUACUCUCAGUUUUGAAAAUGGUAUACUGUAUGUUAAAACAUACUGUAUAUUUGAUAAAAAGCUGUACUUUAAUGUUUUAGAACAUAUUUUAUAGUAAACACCAAAUAUACUGUAUUUUGCAACUGAGGUGUUUUUUCCCCAAGAAUGUUUAAAGCAUCCAUUGCUGAAAAUAUACCUGUGUUGGGACCUUGUGCAAUUUCAACCAUCACGGAUUGUCUGCUUAUGAAAAAAUCUGCCCUAAUUUCAUUUAACAUGAAUUGUAUCUUUAAAAAGUUGUUUCUUCUCUCUUCCUGUGCUGCAUUUUUGCUCUAAUAAAUAAUAUUUGAAAAGCCA